AAGACUCCUCCGAUUCUAUGCUCGUCCGAUCGACUAUACGAAUUCGCUAGUCUUUUUAGUAUUCAUGCUCCUCAACCGCUCACUCAAAUUUCGGACUCUUAUGCUAUUGCUAUUAGCCACACAUCGAUUAUCUUAACUAGGAAAAAUAUGUAAAUUGUGGGUUAAAAUAGUGGACGGUAAGUAUAUAGAUCACAAUUGGGUACAGAUUCCGGCGGAGUUGUUCAACCAAACCGUUGAUAUUUGUACCGCCCUCUCCCCCAAAACUCACCAUUUCUUUAAUCACUUCCCAUUUUCCUAUCUGCCCUUUUCCUCCAAACAAUCCCUCCCAAUUGUUUAAGCGAUUGCAUCAGGGGAAAAGCCAGAAAGCAGAAAGCGAUUGGCAACUGAAUUUUUAUAUAAGUAGAAAACGUUGCACAGUUCUUUCUAACACGAACCUCUGUUUUCUCAGUUGACCGGUUACCAAACAAAGAACUUAGCUUUAUAGUUUGCUUGCUUCCCAUCCUUCUCCCAGAGAAACAGAGCUCCUUCCUCUGCCUUCCAUCUGUCUAAAUCCCAACCCAUUUUUCUGCCACAUCGCCAACACAAAAUCGAAAGGCCUUUCUGUUGUCUUUCUCUUUAUGUUGUCUCCAGAAUUGGGUCUUUAAAAGCUUUUAAUUCCCCUCCAAUUAGAGAAUCAUCAAUCGUUCAGUGAAGAAGGAGCUCUUUCUGCAGCCAUGGCGAAGAUCAGGAAGGCUGUGACCGUGAUUCUGAGGCUGAUCGCUCUGGCUGCCACGGUGGUUGCGGUUGUGAUCAUGGUCACCAGCAAGGAGACUGCUCAUGUCUUGAACUUGACGUUCACCGCCAAGUUCACCCACACCCCUGCCUUCAAAUAUUACGUCGUCGCGGAAGCGAUUGCGGGAGUGUACACCAUCGUAGCCCUUCUGCUUUCUUCCAAAAGCUUGUUGUCGCGGUUAAUCCUGAUCCUAGACGUGGUGAUGGCGAUGGUGCUGACAUCGAGCAUCUCCGCCGCGCUGGCGAUAGCUCAGGUGGGGAAGCACGGCAACAGCCACGCUGGCUGGCUGCCGAUCUGCGGCCAAGUCCCCCAUUACUGCGACAAGUUGAUUAUUUCUCUCGUCGCCGGAUUCGUUGCUGCGCUGGUGUAUUUGCUGCUUCUCGUCUACACGCUUCGAGCGGCGCUGAGUCCUGUGUUCGCCAUUAAAUCUUAGGAAAAAAUUAUGUCUGGUGUAAUGUACUAAAGCUUACAGAGUGCUGGUUAAUAUAUCUUGGGCUUCCUUUCUUUCUUAUUCUUUUAUCUCCCUGUUGUUUUGUUUCGUUUGAAGCAAUCAUAUUUUAGCUUAGUUAUUGUAAUGCUAUUUUUUCGUUUUUGAUAUGAGAUGGUUGAGAAAGAAUUCCCCGAUUGAGUUUACAUCUUAGGCAUCUUAGGGAUUGUUUGGAAAUUACGAUUGUUUUGUUGAGAUUGUCAUUAUGUAUGUAUUGUUUAUAAUGUAUCGUUUUUUUCUUUUUUUUAGCAGAAACAAUAUAUGGAUUGUUUCUGUGAUGUGACAGAAACUAUCACUCAUUUUGAGUGAUUGUUAUAUCUCAACUUUUAGUUGUGAUUGUUGAGAUAUUUGAGUUAAAUUAUUUUGUCUCAGCUUUUAGCUGAUGCGACAUACACAAUCACACAUACCAAACGUUGUAUUUUACAAUGCAUCAAAUUCGACAAUACAUGUAUUCUCAAUAA